UUUGAGUCUUUUAUUGCUCAACAAUACUUUAAAAUAUGCAACCAAGAAAUGUUUUGUUUAUCAGCUUAUAACAUGGCUUCAAGAAAUUACAUUUUUGCUGUUGAAGAUGCUAGCAAUAAGGCGGGGCCCCUCCCAGCUAGUGAUAUGCUGCAUAGGGCAUUAAAUAGCCUGCAAGAUUAUAAUGUAAAUCAAGCAUUAAGUAACCUUGAAGUUGAAUUUCAAAAUAAUGACUACCAGCCUCCUUUUAAUGAAGUUCCAAUAAUUAACAAUAAUGGAAACUCUGAUGUAACGGCGACCGGGGUUGCCGUCGAGGUUGUCUUUAACCGGCCGGAAGAAGAGGAAUUGCACCAACUUUUAAAACGCUUUAACCAAUCAGAACUUUUCGAAGUACUAGUGGCCCAAGGAGUCUUCGUGAACGUACUGAAAGUCAUCAAGCCUCAUCAUAUAGGAAAACUAUUAGAAAACUUCAGUUUAGGUACUCAGGUAAUUUUUGAACACAACAUAGACAUGUGGCGAAAUGCAAUGGACUUGGGUUCGUCACAAUUGGAUAAUAACCAAAACAAUAAUGAUUCAUUAAAACGCGUCAAUUUGUUGAGUACUUCAUCGUACCCAAAUUCUCCCUCAUCAAGCACGGUCGAAAGCUGCCCAGAAUCUCCAUCAGACGCUUAUACCUCUCUUGCAACCAUCCUGAAAGACUCAUGUAAUGGCAUAGCCAUAUGCGACUAUUAUAAAAGGCAUACAAAAUUUAAUGAGGAACAGAGAUCUGCUUUAAUCAACUUAAUAGCCAACUUUUAUGAGAGGAACGAUAAACACCUAUCUUUAAAAACAAGUCAUCAGUUGGAGACAGAAAUAUUAACAAUCUUUCCAACAGAGAAAUUGGAGUACUACAGAACAUCCAACCGGGGGAAACUUUAUAACAGAGCAUCCAACACUAAGAAAGUUUUCAAGUCAAAAUUUUCUACCCAUCAAAGUGCAAUCCCUGCAAAAAAAUCGAAGACAAGCGGUUCAAACAUGUGUACUAAAGAAUUUGUACCAGAAGAGGCUGCGGAAAAUUGCUAUAAUUCUUUAAAAUUUGAUAACUUAUCGAGCGAAGAAUUUGAUAAUGUCUGGAAAGCCUGUGCUAAUUUUCGGAUUAACGAAUUAAAAAAAUUAGAGUCUACGUCAGCGAUCCUUGAGAGGUGGCCAUAUUAUAAACGUCCGUCUGGUUAUCGUUUGAUCGAUAUGGAUUUUCGUCUCAUGUUCGAUAGUGGGAAUUUAUUCUUGGAUAAAUGGGAGGAGGACGUAAACAAACUACUGACAAUCUUGAAGAGAGAAGUAAAAGAUAAAUAUGUAAAAGGGGUAAUAAGUCUACUCAAAAAUGACGCUGUACCUGAAAAAUGUCGAGAUGCAGUGAUACUGUGGUCACUACAUGCUUAUUUGUGCCCGACAAAAAAAGUCGUCAAGAAAGAUAUCAACGGUAAGAAAAAUACAAUUAAAUUCACUAUCAAGGACUCCCAAGAUUCAUUCGUGUUCGUGGGAAAAUCACACCAAGAAUUGGAAGAUCAUCUAUUGCACCUCAAGCAAUUGAAAAACAACAUUCAGCCGUUCAUUUUGGUUGUCGGAGAAAAUAUAAAUAACUUUAAGGAAAUGUAUGUCUACUUUGAUGACUUAAGAUAUACCUUUACAAGUUUUUUACGAGCAGUCGACAUAUGCUUCAAAAUUUUUUUUGUAUUUAACCUUGAUUUUCCAGUGGAGUGUUCCACUUUUUGGUCAUUUGUCGGCCAUUACUUUUAUGAAAUAGAAUCUGUGAAUUGUACAAGCAAAAUACAUGUUUUAAGCGAAGAAAUGAGGACGGUAAAGUCAGGAGAAUAAUUUUGUAUUUAAAAUUAGGAGCGAGUUCAUGAAAGUAUAGGA